UGCUUUCAAGUUAUGAACAAAUCCAAAAAAAAUAUUGUGAACAACGAAGAAUUGGGAGGAUCUAUAUGUAAAAAGUUAAUGAUGUAUAUGUUAAAAAUUAAUGAUAAGGAGCUCGCGUAAUUUUCCCUGGUUUUUUCCCCUAAGAACGGUUUAUGUUGCAAAUACGCACUCACGCCUUUAAUUUGCAACGCACCGCCCAUCUGCUUAAAUCCUUAGACAUACACACGCACUCACUCUCUCUCUCUCUCUCUCUCUCUCUCUCUCUCUUUUACUUACUUUAACUGUUCUGGAAGGGCCCCAAAGCUUCUUGGGAAAGAUUUGAAUUUCUCUUUGUUAUCUCUCCAAUAAAUUUACCCAUCCAUUUUUGGCUCAGUCAAUUUUGCGGAGUAAUUUAUUGCGUUUUUACAGAAAAAAUGGAUAUCGGUGAAUGCUCAGGAAACAGAGCAGAGGAUUCAGAUAUCUGGGCAAGACUUGGUACCUUUCUCUUCUUUUUGUUCCUUCUAAUUCAGGAUGUUCGAGUGUCAAUAUCAGAUCUGCGGAGAAUAUAAUUGAGUCAUUGGUUUCAUGCUCUUCAAGUGAAAAGCAAAGAUGGUGUAAAAUUAUAAGGACUGAUGGCUUGGAUUUUGCCACUAUAAAAAAUAUAAGCUCAAGGACCAUAAUUGUUAAUGGAACUCCACUUGGGAAGGAAGAGGAUAUGCUAAUAAGUUAUGGAUGCGAAAUUAUUCCUGGGCCUGAUAAAAAUGGAUAUCUUACAUAUGAAUUUCAAGUUCUUCCAACGGGCCAAAACCCAAGUAAUUCUAUCAAGGUUCCUUUGGAUGUUAACAAUAUGAAAUGCAGUAUUUGCCUUAAUAUAUGGCAUGACGUUGUAACUGUUGCUCCUUGUCACCACAAUUUUUGCAAUGGAUGCUUCUCCAUAUGGGCAAAAAGGUGUCAGAAAGAACGCCGACAAGUUUUUUGUCCACAAUGUCGGUCGAUCACCCAUUCAGUUGGAAAAAACCAUAUUUUGCAUUAUCUUGAGGAGGUUAUCUUGCUAUCACAUUCAUCACUUAGGCGCUGCAGUGAAGAACUUGCACUUCUUGACAAGAAUGCUAUCGCGACCAAAUUAGAUUUAUUACUUUUGCAGGGAUCUUUAGCUUCCAAUGAAGACUCAUAUAUGAGCGAUGAAGCGUCUGAGAUGGAGCUUGACUGUCCUCAAUGCGGUAUUGAGAUUGGGGGAUUUAGGUGCAAUUCGAGUACCGUCCAUCUUCAGUGCUAUGGAUGUAGGGGGAUGAUGCCAUCAAGACCUGAUGUUGGCGUACCUCAAAAUUGUUUGGGAUGUGCAAAAAUAUUUUGUGGAGCAUAUUGGCGUGCACACAACUUCAUUGCAGAUGGGAUCCACUUUAUAUGCAAUCCUACAACUCUCCAACCGCUUUCUGAGCACAGAAUUACUAGCAUUCCGGGGUCAACUCACGGAAGAAACAUCCAUGAGCAAGAUAUUACAAGAAGAUGUAUACAGCAAGUGGGGAAAGCAUUACCGGAUCUUAUUCAGGAAUGGAUUGUAAAGUUGGAUAAUAGAGAAUUUGAUCGGGCAAUAAUAGCAGUGAACCAUGUGGAUAUGCUAACUUCACAAACUCACCUCUGCAAUAAUUGCACUGAGAAAGUAAUUGAUGGACUAUUGUACUGGUUUCGAGUUUCGCUUCCGAGACGUUUUUUUCCACCUGAUGCUGCAAAUAGGGAGGAUUGUUGGUAUGGCUAUACAUGUCGCACACAGCAUCACAAUACCGAACAUGCACGCAAAAGAAACCAUGUCUGCCGUCCAUCAAGGGGCAAUCCGCAUUAGUUUCAUCCAAACAACAUUCCAAUAUAAUGAUUGUAUACAAGGUUUUUAUCACAUGUCGGUUUUGCAUAAAUGUUUUAUCUCAUAUUGGUCAGUGCUUCGUCAGUAUCAUUUCUCCAUUUCUGAAGAUGUAGAAGAUUGGGUGGUGUAUUAUGAGGCACUUGUUGCAUUCAAUGUUUUAUGCUAUGAUGAUAUGAAUGUAUUUAACAAUCCAUAGAAUUAUACAUCAAUCAAGGUUUUAAAUGUUUUAUGGUA